GCGCCUGGCGGCGGGUGGGUCACGGGUUCGAGCCCCGGUGCCGGUAGCGGUGAGGCGGCCAUGGUGCGUCGGGCUGUGUUGUUUGACCUUGGCGGUGUGCUCUUCGGGCCCGGCCUGCAGCACUUUCUGGGCUCCUGCGAGCGGGACUGCGCUCUGCCCAGGAAUUUCUUACGAAAAGUCAUGUUUGCCGGCAACUCCGACAGUCCUUACACCAAAGUGAUGAGGGGACAGAUCACCCUGUCCCAGCUUUUUUCGGAGAUGGAAGAGGGCUGCAGGCAGCACGCCUCCGCCUCGGGCAUCACCCUGCCGCCCACCUUCUCCGUCGCUCGAGCCUUCGAGGAGAUGGGGGCCAAGGGGACGGUCAACGCCCCCCUCCUGCGGGCAGCGAGGGUGCUGCGGAGGAACGGAUUUAAGACCUGCGUCCUCACCAACAACUGGGUGGACGACAGCGCUGGGCGGCUCUUCACGGCCGUGCUGAUGAACCUCCUGCGCCGUCACUUCGACCUGAUGAUCGAGUCCUGCCGGCUCGGGGUGCAGAAGCCGGAUCCCCAGAUCUACACCUACGCCCUGGAUGCGCUGCAGGCGAAGCCGCACGAGGUCAUCCUCCUGGACGACGUCGGGGAGAACUUGAAGCCGGCUCGGGAGAUGGGCAUGGCCACCGUCCUCGUCGGGGACACCGAAACCGCCCUCAAAGAGCUGGAGGAGCUCUCGGGCAUCCAGCUUCUCACCCAAGAAGAGCCGCUGCCCACUGCGUGUGAUCCGUCCGACGUGACCCACGGAUACGUCCCCAUCCGGCCCGGUGUCCAGCUGCAUUUUGUGGAAAUGGGGCACGGCCCCGUCGUCUGCCUCUGCCACGGCUUCCCCGAGUCCUGGCUCUCCUGGCGCUACCAGAUCCCAGCUUUGGCUGAUGCUGGCUUCAGGGUGAUCGCUCUGGAGAUGAAGGGCUACGGGGAGUCCACGGCUCCGCCGGAUGUAAAAGAAUAUUCCCAGGAGCAGAUAUGCAAGGACCUGGCGGUUUUCCUGGACAAACUGGGCAUCCCGCAGAGCGUGCUGGUCGGCCACGACUGGGGCGGUGCCGUGGUCUGGAACAUGGCUCUCUUCUACCCUGAGAGGAGCCGUGGCCUCGCUGAACACCCCGUAUCGACCCGCCAACCCCGCUGUGGACAUCGUGGAGAAGAUGAAAACCUACCCCAACUUCGAUUACCAGUUCUACUUCCAGGAACCGGGCGUCGCGGAAGCGGAGCUCGAGAAGGACAUCGGCCGGACCCUGAAGGUCUUGAUCCGUUCCACGCGGCGGGAGGAUCGCCUGCCCUUUGCGCUCAACUUCCACAGGGUCCAGGAGCGAGGGGGGCUGCUGGUGGGCUUCCCAGAAAACCCACCCGCCAGCCAGCUCCUGCACGGCCCCGAGCUGCAAUACUACAUCCAGCGCUUCGAGAAAUCCGGCUUCAGCGGCCCCCUGAACUGGUACCGCAACAUGCGACCCAACUGGCGCUGGGCGCUCUCCGCCAAGGACAGGAAGAUCACGAUGCCGGCGCUGAUGGUCACGGCCGGGAAGGACGUGGUGCUGCAUCCCAGUAUGAGCAACGGCAUGGAGGAGUGGAUCCCGCGGCUGCGCCGGGAGCACAUCGAGGAGUGCGGGCACUGGACGCAGAUGGAGAGGCCGGCGGCGCUCAACAGGAUCCUGCUGGAGUGGCUGGAGGGGCUCCCCCCCGACACCCCCCUCCCCAAGAUCUCCAGGCUGUGAGCGGGGCUGGCAGGCAGAGCCCUGUCCCCUGCCUUUCCUCCUCCCUGGGGUGCUUUUUGCCUUUAGGGUUGGAUUUAUAUUUAUCUUUAGGCUUGGAUUUUUGCCUUUAGGGCUUGAUUUUUUUUUUAAUUUUUUUUUAAUAGGGGUUGAUGGGUGUGGAAGUGAUGGGGGAGGCGGGCGUGGGUGGAGGGUGACACAAAGCGUCACCCCGGCUUUGUGCACCUAACGGGGGUCCCAGGGAGGGGUGCUGGGGGAUGGUUUGGGGCUGCACCCG